AUGACCAGAAGUGGAACUCCUGAAAGCCAGUUUGCAACCAAGUGGAAAGUGGCCAAGGCAUGUGCCAGAUGCCGAAGGCUCAAGACGAAAUGUAUAUUUGAGGAUCCUACUUACGACUCGUGUCAUCGCUGCUACGGUCUCGGCAUCAAAUGCUCUGUGGAAGAGGAUCCUACAGCUGAGACCUAUAAACGUCGAAGUCAGCAAAAAAAGCCCGCCCAAGUGGUUGCCAAAAUCGAGAAAUUAAUUCAGAGUGUUGAUUCAGAUUUUCUGACUCUUUCAGAUUUAUGUCAGGAGACAGAUGAUGUGAGCUCGUCAAAAUUGGCCGUGCUUGGUGCUCGACUACAGGAAUUGGGAUCGAAGUUGGCCCAGAGCAGUGAUAAGGAACCCGUUACCAUCAAAACGCCACUGUUAGAAUUUUCUGAAAGCACAAAGUACCCCCACAUUCCUAUGGACGCCAAUUUGGCUCAGGAACUCAUCUUCACCCAUAAAGUCAUUCUGUACGAAGAAGCAAAGCUUCGAUAUGACUAUUUUCAGAAACAGAUGUUGAUCUACUACCCGAUUAUUUCGCUACCCAAGAGCCUCGAGGACUUCGAUGUACUUUUGCUGAAGAACGCUUUGCUAUUAAUCACUUGCAUCUAUGUUACCACUGUCAAUGACCAUGGCCUUUGUCGAUCUGGUGGGGCUGCUGCAAACCGCAAGUUGAACGACAUUUUGGGCUACUACGUAAACAAAGUACUUGCAAACAAGGUCUUUGUUGUAGCAAAAGACUUCUCCUACCAUAUGGUGUUGUCUUGCCUUAUAUUGUCUCUUUGGUGUGUUCCACCAGACAAAGUUGGCCAGUUCAAAAGUCAGAUCGACUUGAUCACUUCCUUCAGUUUAUCGUUGUGUAUUGACGUGGGCAAUGUUACCAUGUAUGAGAAUUCGGCUGUUGCUAUGGAUGAUUCUGUGGAAAGAAAUAAUUUGCGUACUUUUUUGGGUAUUUAUUGCUGUUGUGGCUCAUUGGGGUUCUCUCUACCUCGAUUUAAGCUCGUAGCGUGGUCAAAGAGACACGAGCUCUCCAUUAGAAAACUUUUGGACAAGUCGGGAAGAAAAAUCCCCUCCCGGAACGACAGGUUUAUUUGUUACUAUGCUAGAAUCAUUCGAGUGGGCCAGGAACUCCUCGAUUACUUCGCGGUGAAUGGUGUGAGUAUGCACUUUUUGAGUUCGGAGGAGAAGAGCAGCGGGUUGGGUGGUUUGCCCAUCUCCAGACUCGAGGAAUCAGGUACAUUACCUCUCGAAAACAUCACUAUUGUUCUUAAGAACUAUGAGUCCACACUUCGGUCCAUUCUAAACGAGAGCGGUUUUAUCAACGAAGAGAGCUUGACUCCCAAAGAGGAGGCUCCGAAAGAAAAAUAUGCUUUGUUGCUCACAUACUACCAGCUAAUGAUGAUGACCCAUGAUAAUCUUGUUAGUUGGUGUAUUUGUCGACUAACAGCGGACAAAAACAAGGUUCCAACCAGUAAGGAUUCAGAAGACGCGCUGCUAAUUGCUCAACACAUCAUAAAGUUUGGUGAGAUUUGUGAAAAAAUCCUUCAGUGCUUCAUCGAUAUCAACGCAGAGCCAACAGUCAAUUAUCCCACGUUUUUCUUCUAUCGAGCCUUGCACGCUCUCAUUUCGCUUCUCAGACUCCUGGUUCUUGCCAAAUCGGAGAUUCUGUCGUCCCGACUCUUGAAUUUAAGCCUGGUUCGCUUCAAUUUGCUGUCUUUCUUCGAAAAGAUCACUGCUAUUUUUGAUAAUGGAAAGACGCUCUUUGACCUGACAAUCUGUGAGAGAAUGUCAUUAAUUUUGCAGAGAAUCAGUAAAUGGGUGCAUGUUGUUGCCAACUAUGACAGGCUUGUAGAUCUGAGUGAUGCAGUCAACAUUGAUUUCAUUAAGCUCACCAAUAUGAGCAAAGGACAAGAAAUUGAAAAGCUUCGGGACCCUUUGCAGAAGGGAAACAAUAAGAGGCAGAAACUUGAAGAGUCCGUUAAACCAACUCUGGUUCUACCCCCACACCUACUCCACCGUUACCCAACGGAAGAACAGAUGUUACUGAAUAUUUCCCUGACGUUCUGA